AUGGAGAAAAGAUUUGACAGGGAUCAUCGCCUGCAUCGACUUUACGAAGACUUCAUGCAACAGUAUGAGGCCUUGGGUUACAUGAGCCCAAUGAGUCAAUCAGACCCAACAGGAGAGCGCGUGAGCUACCUGCCCCACCACGGAGUCAUGCGGGAGUCGAGUACCUCGACAAGGUUACGCGUCGUCUUCAACGGCUCGACAACAACAUCUUCAGGCGAUUCGAUCAACCGGCGCCUCCUGGUCGGCCCUAAUUUGCUGCCCCCUCUCUGUGAUGUGCUUCUUCGAUGGCGACGACAUCGGUACGUGAUGGCCACAGACGUCGAGAAAAUGUACCGUCAGAUUUUGGUCUAUCCUGACGACCGCAACUUGCAGAGGAUCAUAUGGCGCUACAACAGGCAGGACGAUUUCCAGGAGUACCGUUUAAAUACGGUUACUUACGGGCUAUCUUGUGCGCCAUUUCUGGCUAUGCGUACUCUUCAACAAUUCGCCAGCGACUAA